AUGAGUUCUAGCUCUUAGUCUCUACAAUUUACAGAUUCCGAAUCGCAUGAGAGAGCUCCUAUAAAAAAGGUGCACAUUGGACAUGAACCAGAAAUUGGUCAAAUACAGUAAGAAAUUGAAUAUGAUAAUAAAAGAAUAGAUCAGAAAUAGAAAAAUACUGUUACUGCUAAAGAUUAUUAUAAUUAGUAACUUAAAAAUACAGAAACUCAUAGAAGAAUUAGUAAAUUAUAUUAUCUAAGAAACUUUUAAAAUUGGGUUAAAGCUGUUUUAAUUAAUGAAUACAGUAAGAAAUGUAAUUAAAAUAAGCUAUGUUUUAAGUUAUUAAAUGUUUUUGAAAUGGGGUGUGGAAAGGGUGGAGAUAUGUAUAAAUGGAGCAAGGCAGGGACUGGGCUUUGGUUUGGAAUUGACAUAUCAAGUGAAAGUUUAAAGGAGGCUGAAAGAAGACAUAAGACUCAAAAGGAAGAUAAGAAGAAAUAGAUUUAAAAAAUAUAUUUGAUGGAGACAAAAGCAGAUUCAGAUUCUACUUUAUUCAGAUCUAGAUUACCAUAAGAUAUAUAUUUUGAUUUUGUAAGUAUGUAAUUUAUGGCAAACUUGUUAUUCUCCUCAGAAUAAGCAGUAGAAAAUAUGUUUGAAAAUAUGACCUGUAGAUUGACCAAUUAAGGCAUUGUUUUAAUGACAAUAACUGAUUCUAAUGUGCUAGUGAAAAAAAUGAGGGAAUUUACAACAAAAGAUAUAGAAGGUAACUAUGUAUACUCUAGAAACCAAUAUUUUUCAAUAAAGUUUGACAGUCUACAAUUUUCCAAAAAUAAGCCAUUUGGAUAAUAAUACUACUUUUAUUUAGAAGAUUCUGUUGGGUUUAAAGAAGAUAAUUAAAUUAAAUAUGUUCCUGAAUAUUUGAUAGAAUUAUAAGCUUUUGAAUAGAAAGCUAAGGAAUAUAAUCUGGAAAUAAUAGAAAACUUGAAUUUCAUUGACUUCUUUGAAAAAUAUAAAUAAAAGCACUCUGACUUACUCAAAAUUAUGGUCAAACCACCAAGUGAUGAAUGGAAAAUGCCCAUGGAUCAAUGGGAAAUAGCACAUCUCUAUAGAGUAGUUGUUUUGAGACAUUUAAAAGGUCAAGCACAGCCUAAAAUAAGAAGGCAUCCUCACUUAACUGAAUUACCUGAUAGUGUGCUUGAAUUAGAUAAUGAAUGA